AUUAAUUCACCCAUCUGCCACAUCUUCGUCCAUGUCCCACUUUCUUCCUUCCUCUCUUCCUCUCUGUCUUUCAAUUCUUUGCUGUAUAUAUAAGUAAUCUUCUCCCAAAAAUUUUACUUUGUUCUUCGCCAUUGAUUCACAGCUAAUUCUUUCUCUUUCCUCUAACAGCCCCGUCUGCAGCGGAGAGACUCUGUCACUAUUCUUCUUAAAUACUAACUUCCCACAUUUUCCCUUUUAAUGGCUUUUUUACAUUUCCAUUUUCUUCUUCCUUCUUCAUCUUCCAAUUGACGAGGUGGGAAGUUUCAGGAUUAAUUCAUGAGGGUAAAACGGAUUCAAACAGAAGAAACAGAGACAAUAUGAAGGUGAAGGAAAUGCACCCUCUGUGUUGCAUCUCGGUCGACACUUUCGGAAUCGGAGCAUGUGGUGGCGAUGGAGACAAGUCUAAGGAUGAGGCUACGGCCUUGGCUCUAUCUAGGACUAAGAGCAUGCCGGCGAGUUUGGCGGCUUUUUCCGAUGGAUCUGAUGGGAAUGUCAUCAAACGGCCAACGGGAUCCAAAUCCGCGGUCGCCGGAGUUCUUCAUAAGUGGACCAAUUACGGCAAAGGGUGGAGAUCGAGGUGGUUCUUCCUUCGAAAUGGGGUGUUAUCAUACGCGAAGAUUCGCCGACCGGAGAAUCUGAACCUUCUUGCUCCUUACGACGAUGUUCGAUUGAUCGGAGAGAUUUCGAGCAAUCGGGUUCCGAGGGGAGAUGAGAAAGGUGGAGGGAGACGAAAACAUCAGAAAGCGGUGGGAGUGGUUCAUUUGAAGAUUGGAUCAUUUCGAGAGAGCAAGUCGGAUGAUAGGAGGUUUUAUAUAUCCACUGCUACAAAGACUCUUCAUUUGAGAACUAAUUCAAAGAGUGAUCGAGGGGCUUGGAUUCAAGCUUUGGCUUCGGAUCGCAGCAUAUCUCCUCAAACAUCACUGAAUUAUAAUCUCUCCCCCGUGUCGAGUGAUUUAUCGGUGUCGACAGACAGAUUGAAGAAGCGUUUAAUUGAAGAGGGAAUCAGUGAAACUCUUGUAAAGGAUUGCGAACAGAUAAUGCUCUCCGAAUUCUCCGAAAUUCAAGGGCAGCUUCAAGUUCUUCGUGAAGAACGAUAUAACCUGCUUGACACAAUUAGGCAGUUGGAGGCUGCUAAUUUUGAGGCUGAAGCUUCUGGAACGAAUGAUGGCGAAUUCCAACUUGCAAAACAUGAUCUUUCCUCUGAAGAACGUGGAAAAUAUAGUGAAUGCAGCACCACGGAAUCAGAUGAUAUCGAGAAACCAGAGUUUGAGGAGGAGAUUUCGGAUGAAGAUGAAAUGUCCUUUUACGACACCAAGGAUUCUUUCUCUGUAAAUUCCGUCGAUAAUAGAGUUGAUAGCAAGUCUGAAAAUUGUCAUCAUGAUGAUGCUGAGGCAAUGCCUGCUAAACUGCAGUUACAGAACAGAUAUUCACACAUUCAAAGGCGAAAACGGCUUCCCAAUCCGGUGGAGAAGGAGAAACGAGUCAGUCUUUGGUCAAUGAUCAAGGACAAUGUAGGAAAAGAUCUGACAAGAGUAUGCCUUCCUGUUUACUUCAAUGAGCCGAUAUCAUCACUGCAGAAAUGCUGUGAAGACAUGGAGUAUUCGUAUCUAUUAGAUCAGGCAUACGAGCAAGGAAAGCAGGGAAAUAGUCUACAAAGGAUUUUGAAUGUUGCAGCAUUCGCGAUUUCGGGGUAUGCUUCGUCUGAAGGAAGACAUUGCAAACCAUUCAAUCCCCUGUUGGGGGAAACUUAUGAAGCUGAUUUUCCAGAGAAAGGGAUCCGGUUCUUCUCUGAGAAGGUGAGCCACCAUCCAACUCUGAUAGCAUGCCAUUGUGAAGGGAGAGGGUGGAAGUUUUGGGGAGAUAGCAACCUUCAGUCCAAAUUCUCGGGAAGGUCAAUUCAGCUGGACCCUCUUGGAGUUCUCACACUCGAGUUUGACGAUGGUGAAAUCUUCCAGUGGAGCAAGGUAACAACAAAUAUUUACAAUCUCAUCCUCGGCAAAGUAUAUUGUGAUCACCAUGGAACAAUGCACAUACGUGGUAAUAGGGACUAUUCUUGCAACCUCAAGUUCAAAGAGCAAUCUUUUCUCGACCGAAAUCCUCGUCAGGUUCACGGGUACGUCGAAGUCGUUACUGGGGAAAAAGUUGCGACAUUGUUUGGGAAGUGGGACGACAGCAUGUAUUAUGUAAAUGGUCACGAGAAUGUAAAUUCAAAGAGUUGUGACGGUAUUUUGUUGUGGAAAAGCAGCGAACCACCACUGAAUCUGACUCGAUACAACUUGACUUCAUUCGCGAUCACUUUGAAUGAGCUGACACCAGGGCUCAAGAUGCUCCCUCCCACGGAUUCCAGACUCCGACCGGAUCAACGGCAUCUGGAAAACGGCGAGUAUGAUAAAGCCAAUGCAGAGAAGCUACGGUUGGAACAAAGGCAAAGAAUUUCGAGGAAGUUACAAGAAAACGGUUGGAAGCCGAGAUGGUUUCAGAGAGAGGGGGAAGAUGGACCCUUUCGGUACGUCGGGGGAUAUUGGGAAGCAAGGGAAGAGAGGAAAUGGGACGAUUGUGCAGAUAUAUUUGGGGAAUUGAGUGAGGAGGUUACGGAGAAUUAGAAGAAUGAUAAUCAGGAUUCAGAUAUAAGCAAGGUGGGAUAAAUGAAGAUCCUCAAAACCAAUCGUUGGAGCAACGACGAGGCAUUCUGGCCGAUUGGAGAGGAAGAAGAUUUAUGGUAUAUACAACCUCAAAGAGAAGUGAUAUGAUGAUAUCUAUCUAUGGCCAUUUUUCUUUUUGCUUAUUUUGAAGGUUUAUUGUUUGGGAUUAGGUCAUAGAUAGCUUCAUUGUGUGUUGUAAUCUCUUCCAAAUGUAAAGGGGAGAAUAAUUGAUGUAGUAAUAUUGCUUCCUCACUUCUCAUCUCAAUCCUUAAUUUUUCCCCCCAAAUCCGAAUAAACCAAUGCCUAUUCUACCACUAUCUAUUCUAUAUAAUUCAUUUCUUCUGCUUUCUAAAUAAAAACUACUUGAGCAUUGUAAUA